CGCUUCCAUCUCCUCUGAAUUCCUCCUUCAUCCCUUGAUUUCUUCAUUGAUCACCUAUUCGUUUCUGUGGUCAGUCACUCGACCACGUUGCGACCUGACAGAAAUCCUACAUUUCUUAGCGAACCACUCCUUAGCAUCCCUGUCCACCAUGUCCGAUCACCAGGAGAAGACGACGACUCCGGUCGUUCCUGAGACACAGCCUGCUACCACCAUUACUCCUGAGGCCCCUCAGCCCGCGUCUGCUGAGUCUGCUACCGCUGCUGCUGCUGCUGCUGCUACUACUACCACCACCACCACUGACGCUAUCGCUGAACCUCAGCCGGAGAUGACGACCGAGGAGAAGACGGCCGCGGAACCUGCUCAAAUACCCGCCGCCGCUACCGCUGCUGCUCCUUCUAUUCCCGCCACCACCGAAGCUCCCGUUACCGAGACUGCUCCCGCUCUGGAGGCAAAGAAUGAGGAGGAAGUAGCGAAGGAAGGACCUUCAAAGGAUGGUGUCAAAGAGGAAGAACCCAAGGAAGAACCUAAGGAGGAGGCCAAGGAGGAGCAGCCUGCUCAACCGGAAUAUCUGGUUAAAACCCCCGCUCUCGCCGAAUUCUUCGAUCGCCUGCCUGCCAUUCUCUCUGCGACCGGCCAUGCUGAGAUGUGGGGAGUGACCUUGAAGGACUUCAACGAUAUCCCCACGGUCAACGUACUCAUUAAAUUCUUGCGCGCCAACGAGGGCAAUGUCAAGCUGGCUGAGGAGCAGCUCACCAAGGCCCUGCAAUGGCGCAAGGAGAUGAACCCCAUCGCGCUGACUGAAGGUCAAUACAAUGCUGAGAAGUUCAGUGGUCUUGGCUAUGUGACCAAAUACACCGAGGCGAACGGACAGGAGAUUAUUGUUACGUGGAAUAUUUAUGGAAGUGUCAAGAACGUGGAAGCUACGUUUGGUGACUCAGAUGAGUUCAUCCGGUGGCGUGUGGCACUCAUGGAGCUGGCAGUCAAGGAUAUGAAGCUCGCCGAGGCUACGACCGUGAUUGACUAUGAGGGAGAGGAUCCCUACCAGAUGCUCCAGGUCCACGACUACUUGAACGUCAGCUUCCUCCGCUUGAACCCCAACAUCCGCGCAGCCACCAAGAAGACAAUUGAGGUCUUCGCCACCGCCUACCCCGAACUGCUGCGCGAGAAGUUCUUCGUCAAUGUUCCUGCCAUCAUGGGCUGGAUGUUCGCCGCGAUGAAGGUUUUCCUCAGCAAGAACACUACGCGCAAAUUCCACCCCAUCUCCAACGGCGCCAAUCUGGCUCGGGAGUUCCCUGCUCUGAAGGAUCAAUUUCCUCACUCUUACGGCGGCACCGGUCCCGCCUUGCACGAAGGCGGCUAUACCGUCAAGUUGGAACAGAGUGCUCCUGUUCCCGCCGCGGCUCCCGAGCCGACGCCGGACGCCGAGGGCUCAAAGGAAAUUGCAACCCCGGCUGAAGAAGUGCCAGUUGAGGCGCCCAAACAGGAGUCCUCGACCGCGGAGCCUGUCAAGGCGGACCCUACGGUGACGGCUCAGGAGACGUCCGCUGUGGGGGUGGCCAGAUGAAUUGAGGUGAUCGAGAAGUUUAUGGUUAUGGAAGGAUAGAGCAGGAUUGAUACCCGGAGGACUUGGUAGAUUGAUUUUGUCGUGUUGUUGUCGUUGUGGUUGUUUUUGCAUACUUGAUACCUCAGAACCAUUGGGCUUGCGAGCCCUGGAUUGGAGAUGUUGUCCUCCAGAUCAGUAGUAAUCUUUAAUCAGGACCUGAUGUCUCUUGCCAGAGGAAUGUUGGGGACGUUGAGGACGUUAGGGAUGAUUCAUAAUAGUACCUGAGCUAUGUGAC